AAAUGACUAAAGAAGAAAUCAAAGAAGUGGUUGAAGUUAUCUUAAAAGAUAAGUUAGGUUAAAUUUGGUAGAAAAUAGCUAAUCUUGAAGAAAGAUUUUAAAGUUAUGAGAGAUAAUUAACCUAAUAGCAAGGGGACAUUUAAAAAAAUGCCAAUAUUUAGAAUAGCUAAAUUCUACAUUUGGGGAAAAAUUUUCAUGAGUUGAUCAAACAAUUAUAAACAGCCUAGAGUGCAGCAAACUAGGUUGUAGAAAUGACUGAAAGAAAAAUAUAGGAAACUUAAAAAGUUAAAAGGAAUUAGCAGAAAAAAUUGGAAGAGUUAUCUAAGAAUUAGAAUUUACAACAAUAAAUAAAUUCUGGCUUUUCAUAAUUAAUUCAAAGUUAACAAUAAUAAUAGCAAUAAUAAUAAUAAUAGCAAUAAUAACAAUAAUAAUAAUAACAAUAAUAACAAUAAUAAUAAUAACAAUAAUAAUAGCAAUAAUAAUAAUAAUAGUAAUUAUAAUAAUAAUAGUAAUAAUAAUAACAAUAACAAUAACAAUAACAGUAAUAGUAAUUGUAGUAAUAAUAAUAUUAAUUUUAAACUCUAUAACGAGUACCAGAAGGCAUGGUAUUUAGAACAAGAAAUGGUACUAAAUAUCAUCUUAGAAAUUGUGAGCAUGUCCAAAAAAAUUUAACCUUAAUGAUAACGAGAGAAUAGGCUCUAGAAUAAAAUUUGAAUGGCUGUAUGAAUUGUAAAUCAUGA